AUGAAAAAUCCCAAAUUUUUGGAGGCAGUAUGUGUGAUAGAGAGGUUGUUGGCUAACAAUUGUUACAAUGAACAACAGAAAAUAUUUCGAGGAUUGUCAGUGCCUGAUAAAUUCCGAGAAAAGAUUGAAUAUAAUUACAAACUGAACCUUCUGUGGACAUUCGCCAAUUCUAGUACAAAAGGUUUAUGUGUGAAUUCGAUUGAUUGGAAUCCGGCAAACAGAGAUGUUUUAGCAGUUGGAUAUGGAAAAUUUUACUAUACUGAUAAAUUAACUGGUUUGGUGUUGAUAUGGAAUAUUAAGAACCCUGUUCAGCCAGAACGUCGAUACACAUUCGACGUACCUGUUACCUCCCUGCAAUUUUCCAAAUCUAAUCCAGUUUUACUGGGUGUUGGUUUCGACAAUGGGUCUGUGAAAGUUUUGAAUGUCUCGAGCAGAGACAAAGAGAUAGUCGGUGAAAAUAUGGCGACAUUUGAACCUGUAUGGAAUAUUUCUUGGCAAGUUGGACGUAAUGAGAAAAAAGAUGAAGAACUUGUUGAAGCUACUUUUGAUGAUGGUAGAAUUUGUGUGUUCUCAGUGCAGCCAAAGCUAGAGGUAUAUGAAAUCAGUCAUGGCUAGUAGUGGUAGAACAAACUGAAAAACUGCUUUGCGGUAAUUAAGGAAUUCAAAUGUGUGAUUUGUGAUAUUGAUGACUUAUUUAUUUUGUGGAAAUUCAU